UAGUUAAAAAAUGGGAGGGCACACUUGAACCGAGCUCUUCUAUGAAGGUAGGCUGCAGCGUGUGUUUAUUGAUGAGAUGAAAAGAAGAUGGAAGUGAGAAAUGAAACAAAGUAAAGGAACAUACUGAGAAAGAAGAAAAGCAAAGUAAACACGUUUCGUCGGGGGGAAAAAGAGGGAAACUGUCGCCACUUUUUUGAACGAGCUUCGAAGUGCAGCAGAGAAACACAUGUUUUGGACAGAGAAGACUGACAGCCUUGCCUAGCACCAGGUCACCGAUCAGCCAUCUCCACCAGCAAAUUGACGCGCUCUUCAUAACCAGCCUCACAAGCAUUUUCAUUAAACAAAAAAUCAUCUAACUGUGACAUCAGUUGCAAGGGGAUGACCGAGCGCAUUCAUAACAUCAAUCUCCACAACUUCAGCAAUUCUGUACUUGAGACCCUCAAUGAGCAGCGAAACCGUGGGCACUUCUGUGACGUGACUGUUCGGAUCCAUGGAAGCAUGCUGCGAGCUCACCGGUGCGUGCUUGCCGCUGGAAGCCCAUUCUUUCAGGACAAACUGCUCUUGGGCUACAGCGACAUCGAGAUCCCCUCUGUGGUCUCGGUGCAAUCCAUCCAGAAGCUGAUUGACUUUAUGUACAGUGGGAUUCUGCGAGUGUCUCAGUCAGAGGCUCUGCAGAUCCUCACCGCCGCCAGCAUCCUGCAGAUCAAGACCGUCAUCGAUGAGUGCACCCGCAUCGUGUCUCAGAAUGUGGGCCUGGCCGGGCCCGGGGGGUUUCCCGUUAUACCAGGAGAUUCUGGCCAGGAGACCCCCCGUGGAACACCAGAAUCUGGCACCUCCGGGCCCAGCAGUGAUGCAGAGUCAGGAUAUAUGCAAGUAACAUCACAGCAAAGUGUAGAUCGGGCAUACACAUCACUGUACUCCUACACUGGCCUAUCUCUGCAGAAUGGCACCCGCGAGCGGUCCCUUUAUGUCAACCCCCUGUCAGCAAAUUACCCAAGCAAUCAGAGGGACCAGCAAUCUCAAGAUCCACCAUGGAUAAAUCGCAUCCAGGAACGGUCCCAGCAAGUGGAUCGCUUCAUGUCCACUGCAGAGUCCACGCACUGCCGCAAGCAACCACGACCGGUACGCAUCCAAACAGGAGGGAUGCACAUAAAGCAGGAGGCCGAAGACGAGUACACCUGCUAUGAUGAUAUGGGGGACUGCCAAGAUGACACUGACCACAAUGAGGGUGUGGCGAGCGAAUCCAAGGUCGAAAACUUUGACUCAGGGGUGAGUUCCUCCAUCAGUACAGAGCCAGACAGCAUGGAGCAGCAGCCGUAUCUGACAGGCUUCAGUCGAGAUGGGGUUGGGGAAGGGCAGCAAGGCGAAGGAACUCCGGUGCAGAUAGAGGUCAGCAACUCGUCCCUGGUGCGGAUGCAAAAGACAGAGGAUGGGGACACUUCCCACAGCACUAGUGACAGUAGCAUGAUGCAGCCCCUGCCAAACUCAAUCAAACUCAGUCCUAUGUCCCAGUAUAUGCGCCAGAUAGAAUCACACACCAGCAACCUGAGGAUGCCGCUCACCGUGACCAGCAAUUCCCAAGUGAUGGGCACUGCUGGAAGCACCUUCCUGCCCACACUCUUCCCCACGCAGCCGUCUAGAGACCACAAGCCUUUCCUUUACCUUCCUGGCCAGCAGCAGCCCCAGUUUGUGGCAGUGCCGCCGCCUGCAAUGCCAUCAUUCCCGAACCCCAUGUCGGUACAGCAGGCGCCAUCUCAGCAGCAGCAGGCUGCUGGAGGGAUUGGUCCGGGGGAAAAGAAGCCCUAUGAAUGCACUCUCUGCAGUAAAACCUUUACUGCCAAACAGAAUUACGUCAAACACAUGUUUGUCCAUACUGGUGAGAAGCCUCAUCAGUGCAGCAUCUGCUGGCGCUCGUUCUCCCUGAAGGAUUACUUAAUUAAACAUAUGGUGACACACACAGGGGUGCGGGCCUACCAAUGCAGCAUCUGCAACAAGCGUUUCACCCAGAAGAGCUCGCUGAACGUCCACAUGCGGCUGCACCGUGGAGAGAAGUCCUAUGAGUGCUACAUCUGCAAGAAGAAGUUCUCACACAAGACCCUGCUGGAACGCCACAUGGCCCUGCACAGCAACGCCAGUGCCAUCACUGGGCUGUCUGUUAGUGUGGGCACCCCGGGCCCGGUCUCCAUCCCCAUGCCGAUUUCCGUCCCCGAGCCUGGAGCUGGAGUUGUGGCCCUAGCCAUGCCAGUGACUGGCGGCGCCGGUGUAGGGGCUGGGGUUGGAACGGGAGUGGGUGUAGCUGCGGAAGCAAGCUGCCAAGAAGGGACCACCUACGUGUGCUCCGUCUGCCCUGCCAAGUUCGACCAAAUGGAGCUCUUCAAUGACCACAUGCGAAUGCAUGUCUCCGAUGGAUAAGUACAAAUUUAAAAAAAGAAACUUCUUUCUGAAAGAAUGACAAAUACAAUGGCACUAGAUUUUCCUUUUCUUAUUUUGAGGUAUGAAGAGUAAUGAGUAUAGACACUGGCACAUUAAGUUCCCCAAAAAAAGUUUCCUUUUUUUUUUCCUGUUAUUCUAAAAGAAAAAAAGAUGGUGGCCUUAAGGCUCAGUAGUUUGAUAUUGAUCUACUGGAUGGAUCCAAACUACGGGCCUCUAAAUGUAUGCUUUCCUAAAAUACUGAUUUAUGUGUUGAACACUACCGAAAGGCCUACGAAAGAAACACAUACACACAAACUCACCUUUAGUCUAGAUAUGUCUGAAUGACUUUAAAUGAGCAAAUAUGUUUAAACGUCUGUGUUUUUUGCAUAUAUGUGUGUCUCUUUAUUUGUCCAAGUGUGUGUGUGUGUGUGCGUGUGUGUGUGUGUGUGUGCGAGAGUUUUGCCAUGACACAUAAAUCAUGGCAGUUGUGAAUCCAUAUUGACCAGUUUGGAAACAUAGAUGUCCAAGCUUACUGUGGUGUAAUUUACAACAACGACAACAAUAAAAAGACAAAACUGAAAAAAAAAAUAUCUGAGGUUGGGCUACAUAUUCCCUCUAAAAAUACUGAUGGUCACAAGAUUGCCUUCUUAUAUCAAAUAAAAAAAGGAGAGUACUUAAAAUGACACUGGUUUUAUUUAUUCCUGUGGUAUUAAGGGAUUAUAAUGCAGCUGUUGUCAAGGUACCAGUUUUAAUCAUUUUACUUAAUUGUAACUUCCUGUCCAAAGUGAUGGGGGAAAUGAUUAUUUCUCACCUGUUUUAUGAUUAUUGUCCAUGAAUUUUAAUGGUGAAGAUAACGUUUACUAAAUUUCUGUGUUGAUGAGACAGUAUUUGAGAAAAACAUUUUCCUUUUUUUCCUGGAGUUUGGAGUUUAUCUCAUUUGCAUACACUGCCUUUUUAAUAUCCUAAAAGACUGUUAAGGCUACUUAGAUUUCUUCCUCUGCAAAACAUUCGAAAAAAUGGAAGAUUCUUCUGCUGAUGGUUGUAUGUUGUUUUUUUUUUUUUUAGCCUUUUUCACAGUUAAGGCAGGCUGGAAUAUGGGACUAAACUCUCUCCUUCAUAAUUGCUGCUCCUCAACCUGCACCCGACUGUUAUGGGAUAUAGAUUUAGAGGGAAAAAAAAUGAUUUGUCACUUAACUAUUGUUGUUAUUGAGUAGCCUGUUUGGUUCUAAUCUCAUAAUUAAAUUACAGCUUUGUGGGGAGGGGGGAGGGCCAGUUGCUGAUUGGAUCGGUGUUGUAAAAGAUGGUGUAAAUUAAUUUUGAGUCGGACUAAAAAGCAAAAUAAUUGCCGCCCUGAUCCUAGAACGCCUGUGUAACCUGUUUAUUAUGAUUGCAAAGCUAUUUCAGCAGGUGGGAGCGGAGUACAUUACUCUUCGUGCGUUCUAUCUCUCUCCCUAAAGGCUCAAAUGGCAUGCAAACAUUUUGAAAGGAAAUGCACUCUGAAAGCAAAACAAGUAGCUCCCAUCAAUCGAUACCACGCUGUUUCAUGAUAUACCACAAGCUGUGUAUGGACUGUGUGGAAAAACAGCAUACAUUCCCAAUUUUCUCUAACACCAAGACAGCAUGUGUAGAAUAGAUGUGGAAGCUUGUGUGUUCAUGUUGUCAUUAAUGCCUUGUGCUACUUAAGGCUGAUUUCAGAUAUUUUUUUAAUUCUCAUAUAUUGAUUUCAUGUCCAAAAUAGGUCUCUCACACACACACACACACACAGAUACACACAAACAGAGAAACACAUGCACACGUGCAACCGCAACCUAAAGGAUUUGCUUCUUUAAGUGAGCAAACGCUUCCGGUAGUUGUACGAUAAAACAAAUAACUAACUGCAUUCAGUGGGUCUUCAAAAGACCUCCUGUCAGUUCCGAAAAAAAGUGCUGUUUUGCACAUUUUCUUAAAUGCCUGUGCAUAUUUAAUCGUUUCUUUAAAUGAACUUUCUUUUAUUCAAUUUCAAAGGAAAACAAAACUUCUUUUUUUAUCUUGAUAGGUGGACUGCAUUUUGUUCUUGCAUAUAUGUUGCACUGCUUAAGCCAAUAAGUGCACUACUGUUAACAGAGAUAUAGUUUUAGAAAAGAUAAUUUUUUCCUUUUUAUUUAGAGUUCACAUGAAUAGUUUCAACUUCAUUUAGUGAAUUUCGCAAUCCUCUGCUUUCGUUAUCGCUUGCUGUUACCUUCAGUAUAUUCUUGUGCCGUGUUAAUGCAAGCAUUUAUUUUAUUUAACCAUUGUGUGUGCUCAUCUAUGUUUAAACCUUUGAAAUAUUCUAUCGUGUCAGUUCCUUAUAAGAGUUUAUUUGAUUUCUUUUUUUUUUUUUUAGAAACAGUGCAGAAUUUUCCUAUGAGAACAUCCAAGCCAAACAUCAUUAACAGUGAAACAACAACAGUAAUAAUAAAGAACCUCCUGUCCAAGUCUGUUGGCAGAACUAAUAUUAUAUUAUUAAUAAUACAUUUAUAAUAUGUGUGUAUGUGUGUAAAUGAUAUGUGUGGUGUGUGUCCUGGAAAAAGCUUUCUGUUGUGAUGGAGUGCAGCUUCUUUGAUAUCAGUCCGUCACGUGCACAGUCGUGUCCUUUUCCUUCGGUGUUUGGUGUGUCAGUGAGUGUCUGUGUGCGGUAAAUAGCCUAAUCAAACUGUUGAUAAGUGGAAUAUCUCAACUGUGGGGCUUCCUUUGCAAUAUGCAGUGCAGGUACUAUAAGAAAACAGCUCUCCAAAACUUUUGGGCUAAUAAGGCACCUGUAACAAUUCCUUAGUUUAGGUCAACUGGCGCGCAUCUGGUUGCGGAAAAGUUUCUUAGAAAGCGUGAGGUUGGUCCUCAGUAAAAGUAGCACGUUAUUGAACAUUUGAUUGGGCCUGUCUCUAUGGUGUGCAUAAAAAGCCUAUAAAGUGUAUGGUUCCUAUUUGUAGCUGUUGUUGCCUAGUUGGCGAUAUUGCUGCAUGCUAGUGCUAUAUUUGUCUCUACACAGCACGUGGAGGGUUAAAUCUCAUGCCUUAACAGACAAUGCACUAAAUAGAAAUAUGUAAGCAACUGCUGAAAUCUCUUUCCAACAGUAUUGCCAUUUGUAUGGCACAACGCAGCUCUUGGUGUUCGUCGUCCCUUCAAGUUCCAAACACUGCCAAACUAACAUCAUCACUUUUUCCCAAAAAAAAAACACAAAAAAAAACGAAAGCGAAAGGCAGAGACAGCGAGUCAUACUGUUUCGGUGUAGUGGGUGUGUUUCAGUGAUCUAGCAUUCCUUCAUGGCACCUAACUUUUUACGUACAUGUUUUUAUGUGAACACGUAUAUCAAAUGCACUAUUGACUGUAGCUAGAUGAGUACAACCAGCCUUGUGGUAUCAUUGGUCUAAAUAGUAGUAGCUUGGUGUUGGUUUUUGAAAUGUUUGGUUUCAUGAUUAUACUAUGGGUUAUUUCUUGAUCACUUUUAUUUUAGUUUGUUUUGGGAAUAACAAAAGUAGCCAAUCUUUAUGUGAUCUGGGUGAGGGCUAGUAUUUGUCCCCUUGGUGGUUGACUUCUUGUAUCAUAAGGUGUUUGAUAGGAGACUAGGUUUGGAAGGGGAAGAACCUUUUGCUCCAGUGUGUCAUAAUGUGCUACCCCAAUUUCCCCUUCCCCUUGUUGCAUUAGCAUCACAUGACCUUCACUGUCCAUAAUUAUAUAUUUCUUAGAUUACUUCAGCUAAUUGUGGUGGUGCUUAAUUCUUCUCUUGGUUGCAAAAAAACGUUUUAGUGGCUUGCAAAGUUUUAUAUGCCCUUUGAACCUUUUCACAUUAUGUCACGUUACAACCACAAACUUCAGUGUACUUUAUUGGGAUUUUAUAAUAGACCAGCAUCAAGUGGUGCAUGACUGUGUAGUAGAGAAAAAAUGAUUCAUUCAUUCAAGUGUUUACAAACAAACAUCCAUGGGCGUGGUGUGUGUUAGGGAUGGGUAUUUAUUGUAUCUUUUAUCAUUUAUUGUAUUUUUUUAUCAUUAUAUAUAUUUUAUUGUAAUAAGAAUUGCAAGUUAUUGUGAUAACAGGAAACCCUAAUAAUUGUUGAUUGCAAACCCAAAAAACAGACACUUCAUUGUAUUAAUGUAUUAAAGUAGUCUGAUAAUGGAUAAGUCUUAUUUUUAGAGAAACAUUUGCAGCAGGUUUACUAUAUAGAGUAGCAAACAGUAGUAGCCAUACAAUCUAUUUCCAAAAACAGUUAAAGUUAAAAAAAAUAUAUAUAUAUAUUUUCAUACUUUUCUUUGUUAUAUUUAUCGUUAAAUAUUGCAAUAAAAGUUUCAAUCCGUAUCGCCGAUCCCUAGUGGGCAAUUGUAUGCAGCUCCUCGAAGUCAAUGCUUCGUCGCACAUGAAAAUGAAUAAUCUUCAUUGCAACAUAGCUCAAGCAGUCAUAGGACUACGCUCCACAGUGCAGCUUCAUGUGGAUGGAGAGCGACUAUGAACAGUAUUUUUUUAAUUUUGCCUCAGAUUCUCAAAUUGGAUUUAGUUUUUGAAUUUGACUGGUCCAUUUUAGCACACAAAUAUACUGUGCUCUAAAAACUUUCAUUGAAGCUCGGGCCGCAUUUUUAUUGUCAUCGCCCUGCUGGGAUGUGACCUUUUCCCCAGUCUCAAAUCUUUUGCAGCAUCUCUAUUUAGUUCUAUCCAUCUUCUUAUCAAUUCUGACCAGCUUCCCUUUUUGUUCAAGAAAAACAGUUCUCACAGCAUAAUGCUGCCACUACCCUAUAGCAUAUAGCAUUUCACCCUGCUUUGAAGAACUCCACAACUUAAUUGCUAAUGACUUCUGUGUUCCUUGGUCUUCAUUAAUGUUCAGUAAAAACUUCUGGAUCUGACAGAUUUUUAGGGGUACCGCUGUAAUGGGUGCUAAAUAAAAAUGCAUGCUACACUUUUCAUAUUUAUUAAAAAAGGAAUUUGAAAACCAUGUGUCCUUUUCCCUCUGCUUCACAAUUAGGCCCUACCUUGUGUUGGCAUAUUGAAUAAAAUCCCAAGAAAAUACAUACAAGUUUGUCAAUGUAAUGUGUAAGAAUCUAUAAAGGUUAAAGGCUAAUGAAUACUUUGCAAGGCACUUUAAAAGUUGUUGCAACAUUAAAAUUAAUUCCCUUUUUUCUCAAUCGUACUUCUCAUAGUUGUAGGUCUAGACCUUUGGUUUGCGACAUGCAAAAAAAAAACAUGUUGAAAAAUAGAUGACAGUAUUGAACCUGCAGCCGUUUGUGUUGUGUUUGAACUAUAUUCCUGUUUGCUUCGUUUAUAUUAGCAUAGAGACACGGGGUCUACAGUACUUUUUUGUCCUUUAUGCAGUAGGUUUAAAAUUUCACUGUGGAAGUUGAUUAUUUCAAAAUUCUUCCUGCUUCUCUGGUGGUCAUUGUGGUGUUGUUCAUAGCGUUUUGCACGGCUGGAUCAAAGGAGUAGUCAGCUUUUUUUCUACCGUGUACUUAUAUAUCCAUGUAUGCUUUGCAUUGAGGUGGAAGAUGGAUCGUUUCAAGCAUGGAUGGGACAGGGUCAUUUUAGUCUGAAAAGCAUGGGUCCGUCUUUCAGUCUGUCUUCACACCUUUUAAAGUCAGAUUCUAUUUUUAUUCAGGCAAGUCACAUCAUUCAAAGUAGACUACAAGGAACACCACUCAGACAGUUAUAAACUGCAUUUUGUCCUUCCAAUACAUAUAAGAGUAAUAUGGUUACAAAUAUGCUAUAUAUAUUUUGAGUAUUGCCAUCUCCAUGCAGAUAAAGAAUACAUUUUCAGAUAGUUUGCUAAAAAAAAAAAUCCUAACUGCAGCUAGAGUAUUACUGUACCUUGUGGGAUAUAGGGAGUAUGCCUAACAAGUGCCUACCAGAACAUGCAGCAACUAUACAGAAUAUUCAUAGUUUUUCUCUCCUGCGUUGCACAAUACAGUAUACGCUAUUAAGAAUAUGCUAUUUAUACUAGUACAGCUGAAAACCUAGUGCUUGUGAGUGCAGCAAAUGAGAACCCUUUAAAAAAUACCUGAAAUGUUUUAUUCAUAUACAGUUAAAGCUACAUCUGCAAGUUUCUGUUUUAUUUGUGUGUUAUGGUCAUACCAUCUGGAGGAUUUGAAGAUUUAAAAUGCAAUCAUGUUAGUCGUAGUAGGGUUUGAGCUGAGCUCAAAAGCUCAGCUUAGUUAUUUCUCUUUUGUUACAAAGGCUGUUUAAUUUUUCAUUUUUUUUUCUUAAGUUUACAGUAUUUGCCAUUUGCAAACAAGCCAUAUACUGGAAUGUACUGUAUGAAGGGGGGGGGGGGGUUGCAGUGGUGUUAUGUGAGCAGCAGGAGGAGACACACGGCAGCUGGACGGAGGAAAGUUUACACACCUGCCCGUCACAGCGAAAUAAGAUCCAGGUUUAAUCCUUGGAUAUUUGAUAUCUCCCUGUUGGUAAAUAAUGCCAUUUUGCAAGAUUAUAACAGCGUCUAUGAACAUGGCAGUUGUUGCUUAAACUCGUGCUUUCUUGUUAAUGAAUGUGAUGGUUUGCAAUCUGCAGGAGCCGGAAGCUGCUUUUAGUCCCUUAGUUGGUUUCAAAGUCCGGAGCUUUGAUAAAAAGGCACCUACGCAUGCAAACCAAAGCCCAAUUUCCUUACAGUGAUCCUUUAGGUUUUAUUUUACCUUACAGCCUUGUUUGUAUGUAACCUUGAGUUAUAAAGGUCUAGCAAUGAACAGUGUAUAGUAGAUAAAAAGCAUUAAAUGCUUGAUUGGCUGAUUUGUAGAACCAAAGUUUGGAGACAAAUUUUAAGAAUUUUAAGGUUUUGGCUUCAGAUAAGCACGUUUUUGCACGCACAGCAGUCUCUUAACUGGAUUGGAUGGGCAACAUGAAAACAAAACUAAAACAAAGUAUAGAAAAAUAUAACACAAAUCAAGUUACAAAACUGAGCUGCUGCAAGAUGAAAAGGUUUCAGGAUGGCUUAUUAUUCCGUCCCCCGUGGACUAAUUACCACAGUUUUCUCUCAGACCGUCUCCAACUUCGUUGCCGUGCCAAUUUCCGGUAGGGGUGCACUUUCAAAUUAUACCAUUAUUCUUUUAUUGGAAGUGAGAAACAGAAACACAAAAAAGAAAAAUAAUAAAAAAACAGAUCACAAAUGAAACAGCACCAAACGUGAAACAUAUGGUUGCUUUUAUUUUAAAUCUUUAAAUCCUCCACAAUGCAUAAUUUUGAAGCAAAAAAGGGAAAAACAGCUAUGAUUAAAGAGAUGGUUCAUAAUUUUUGAAGUGAUCUUCUGUUACAAUGUAAACCCAACCUGCAUUAUAUUAUUCCUGUAGUGUCUUUUUUUAAUAGAAAUCUAGAUUUGUUGGUGCUGAAGCUAAAGCUAAUGUCGUCCAAGUGACGCCAAAAUGAAGUCAUAUUUCAAAUGUUUUAAAUCUUAAAGACAUCAUAGUGGUUUGUGAGAAAGUUGUUUUGAGUCUUAAAGCUAUUGUCACAUCAUCUUUAUUUACACAGGAAGCAGUGGCUGGAGGCAGCGCACUCACAAUAUCUUCUUGUCUAAAACACGUACUCAGUCGGAACACUUAUAGUGUUUCUGGUCGGAGUAACUGCCUGAUAUGAAGGUAGUUUUAAACGUAAAAAUAUAAUAGUGACUUGAAGUGAAUGCUAUCUAAUUGAUGUAGCUGUUUGUCAGGCAGUCACCCUGAAUGAAAACACCUUACACGUUUUUCUCAGUAUUUAUAGAAGAUCAUUGGUGGUGCACCGCACCCGACUUUCACAGCUUUUGUAAAUUGUUACUGGUUUCUUUGUAAAGAACAACCCAACGUGCAAAGGUGAUGACAGUUUACAGCUUCAGAACACAGCUUUCAUAAUAGAUGUUUUUGUGUCUAAAGAUGGUCGUGGCCCUUGAACUAAAUUCAGCCUUCAGUACCAACUUAUCAGGAUCCAUUCUGAGUGAAGACGCCAAAAGAGUUUCUGUAGUUUAGUUAUGAACUGUUUGUUAAUCAACAGAGCAUCACUGCAACAUUCUGAACUGUCCCUUUAACAAGAAACACAUUUAGUUUCAUCGCAAGUAGGCAAUGUUAUAUAGGUAGUCCCUGUCAUCUAAUCAUUACUUCUCAGAAACAGCGUCUGUUCAGGUUUUACAAAUAUCCAGAUUCUGUUUUGACUUUGAGCUUUAGAAACAGCAAAACAGCAGAUUAUAAAGUAUAAGACAGCGUUACUAAGCUAUUACAAAAUCUAGUUUAUAUUCACUAUAUGAACAUGCAGUUAUUAGGCUACCCCUUUUUUCAUCAGACGUCCUGCAGUGAUCACAGUGCAUCACCCCUCUCCUUUAGCAGAGCACAAACUUUUUUUUUUACCUUUCUUUGUCACAGUGAUGAGGGGACUCGGCCAUGUUUUAGCCUCUGAAGACUCGGCUCUGAGACGUUUUUGUGUUCUCAGUCACUGUGGCCUUUUUAUGACUUAGUUCAGCCGGAUGAGACAAUUAAGUGUGCAGCAGCGUAACUAAAAACAUCCAUUCCUGUCUUCAGUCCAGCUCAUUCCAACUCCGAGUCUGCCUCUUGUUUUCCACUCUUAAGCCACCUGAUAUCAAACAAAAUCUUUAAAAACUAAUCUGUUGCAUAUUUUUACGAACGUAGUUUUAAAAACACUUUAGUAAAAUUAGCAUUUCGCUUACUCUUUUUUUGUUUUGUUUAUUGUGAUCUUUUCCGUCAUUCAAAUUGUGCCAUGACGUCCUGUAACCUCCUAAGCUCUGAGCACAUCUUAUUCUUGUGCGGACUGGUUUUAUAGGCAGCAUGCACCGUGCUAUUUCUCUGUCUCUCUUGGAUGUCUGGAUCAGGUUUUUACUGUGCAGACAAAUGUGUUUUAAAGAGAUAAAAUACUAAAAGAGAAGUCAAGAUUCUUGACGCUGCUGCUGUCACAGCUUUGAUGAGAGGUUUUUAGCACGAUUAUGAAAGCAAAUUAUUAUUAGAUGCUUAAAAAUUUUUUUACAAUUUUUGUUUUCACAAACCAAAGAAGGGUUAGGAUAACUUCAGUUUCUGGAGAAAUUACUGCUUUUUAUGUGAGUGGGAUUCCUGCAAUCAAGCUCGGUUGCAUUAGUUGAUUUUUUUUUUUUGUUUUCUCCUCUUGGCAGGGUGUUUGUGAAACUGCGUGUACACUUUGUCACUUGAUUGGUUGUCUGUAGUUUUGUGGAUUGUGUUCAAUUGCCGUAGACCAAAAUAGACUAUCCUUUUUUUAUGAGAAAUGCAACAAAACAUAAAAAUGAAUCCGACACAGUUGCUGUGAUGUAAACCUAUGGCAUGUUAAAACAUGUAUCAGAUUGUAAAUGUUGCAUCGUUGUUUGGGCAAAACGCGAUAUUCAAUAACCAUUUCCUAUACACUCACACAUUUUGCAAACUAUUGUAGACUUUUUCAUUUUUCUCCUUCACUUAGAAUUUACUUCAAAUGACUUUUUCUGAUUUUUUUUUUUUUUUCAUGUGUUGUCUGUAUUUUUGUGAUAGAUGUCCUCCAUAAAGGCUGUCCCUAAAAUGCUAAUCUGACAAUGUUGAUUAGAAUAGAUUCAACCAUUUAUAUUUGAGAUAUUUGAGAUGGACCAAGAUGUUAAUUUUGCACAUAUUUGUAGGUUGUUUAUUUAAGCCAAAUAAAAGAAAAAAGAAAUAAUGAUUCAAAUCUUUCAAUCUCAGCAGAUCAAAAAAAAUUUAGUCAAGGUUAAAAAGAAAUCACUUGACAACAUGUCAACAAAAAAAACUACACUGAAACCAAAUUAACCGAUGGGUUUAACCAUCACAACGCAAUCCAAAUAUGUGAUUAGAUACCAUUUAUUUUAUAACCAAUUUUCACUGAUAACACAUAUUGUCUGUGAGAUGAAUGUAAAACAUUUAGGGAAUUUUGGUAUUUGGCCCCAGACAAUAAUUCAUUACUGUAAAGGUCUGUUGUAUGCUUCCAUAUCCUGUGGAUUCAAAAUAGAAAAACUCAAUUACUGUAAUUCAUGCAGUGUUGUGCAUCUGGGCUGAAGACUUCAACAAAGAAUAUCCUAAAUUUCAUGUUCCCAAUAAUAAAAAAGCAGCUUAGAUUGAUUUUUUUUUUUUUAGGCUUUUUGCUGCCAUAUCAUGUAUGUAGUCGCUUUUGUACAACAUGCACUUGAUUUAAAGUAUGAGAUGUGCUUCAAAAUAUGUGUAUAUUUUGUUAAGUUCUUUUUUUGGUGUAGCGUGAUAUAUAUCAUUAUUUCCCUACAAAUUAUUUCUCGGAUACAAUUCUGAACUUGGCAGAAGUAGAGCUGUUGUAGUAAAGGUAGUUUAACAUCACAAAUAAGCAACCCUGAAAUAUAUGCUGCAGAAAUGUGUUUUCACUUUGUCUUUUUUUUGAUAAUUUAUGCUCGAAGUUGGUUUGUAUUUUAUUAUUAUUAUUAUAUUAUUAUUGUUGUUGUUAUGAAACAAGCUUGUUUGAAAUGUGUUGACUGCUGUUUUGAAAUAGGGGAUAAAGUUUCUUAUGUAUUUGCAAGGACGUUUUUAUAUGAUUUGUCAAACACUGGACUGGAAUGAGUUUUCCAACAUUUCCAAGUUGAGAGAUGUAUUUGACAGACUUAACUGCACAGAUAACAUCCACUAGCAUAGAUUUCCUCCGUCAGACCAGCUUCACUAGUAGGAGCGCAAAUGACAUGAUCCUCCUGUAAAAAAAAAAAAAAAAAAUCGGAAGUAAAAGAUUUCGACUUUGUGCUGGUUAGUUGAUGGGUAUAUAAAGCAGGAAAUAUUUCCAAAUUGUUGCAAGGCAAAGACUGGUGACAGAUUUUUCUUUUGUUUUUUUUGUUUUUUCUGGAAGAAAAAAAAAGACAGAACACUUUUAGAUUUUUCAAGAAAAUGAUUUAAAGGGAUGCCACUUUUCACCUAAGCAGUUAUCACAUCCAUCUGACCAGUUCCCUCUACGGUAAAGCAGAUUGUAAAUCCUCAGACCAAACACCACUUCUCAAACGAGAAAAGAGAUUUGCACUAGACUGAUUUUCUUUGGUCCUCUUCUAUUUAAAAGCAAUAUAACAAACUCCAAACAUUUUUAGCCGUAGAAACCGUACGGUUGUCACUGUCCCUGCAGUGCGAAUGCUCACUUUUUUAUAUUAGUAGGUACAGAAUGUGUCGACUUUUUAAGUGCACAUCCAUACGUUGUUUGUAGCAGGGUUUCUAUUUUUUUUUUUUUUUCAUUUAUUUUUAAAUUUUCUUGACCCGGUAUUAUUGUCCAGAAUCAAGUGGCAUUAAAACUUGUUUCCUCCUGUGAUCGUUUUAGACAAAAUACACAGUACUUACACAUAAGAAGCGGGAUGUAGGAUGUCAUAAGGACAAGAAAUAAUUCACGAUGAGUCAGUGUCAGUCUGCAGAAACAAACAAACAAAAAAAAAGAAAAUGCCAAAAGAUAUAAUCCAGCUAUAUCCACCAUUGUGCACAUUUAAAACACUGGUCAUGGAUCUCUGCAUAUUUGGUCACUUUGACUGCUUUUUUACAAAAAUGUAAAAAAAAAAUAAAAAGUUGCUUUAAUUAAAUAAUUAAAAAUCCAAAAAUUGCUUCUGUAAACACACCAUUAUUGGCUUCUCGUAUAGAGAAUCUUUGUCUACCAAAUUAUAACAACAAUAAUCCUUUUUCGAUUAGAUCAUCGACAGCAGCCACCACUUUUCUGACAUUGUUUGUUGACGGAUAAGUGUAAAUUUCCCAAAAAUCACACAGCAAAACUUCGCCAUUUAAAAAAAAAAUCUGGAUGUAGUGGCUUUCCUGUUUUGUUUUUUUUCCCUCCAUUUCGUGGUAUUUUCAAAGAUGUUCACGGUUUUGUCUAAAUUUGCGUGUUACAGAAAGCAUAAGUACGUGCCUUUCUUGUAAUCUCCUUGGUGAGUUUGUUUAUUAUUGAAAAGCUAAGGCCAGCCAAUUGUGUUUGCACUAAAAACCAAAUUGCUUUUUUUCCUCCUUUGUGAUGUAGACUAUUUAAGCGAGCUUGUUGCGUCACUUUAACCGUACAGUAUGCAUGAGGGUGAAAUUGGUAAAGUCUAGGGCUAGAGCUCUCGUCUGUUGACCUGUAAAACCAGUGCAGCUUAGAGGAUCCUUGUGAAUAUAUCUUGGUUUAGUUUCACGUUUAAGUUUUCACGUCCAUCUCCCUUAUAGAGCAGUUUAAUUUUUUUUCAAUGUUUCAGCAGUAAAAUUUAAAAAAAAGAAAAAAAAAAUGAAUAACAUAUACCAUGAAUACAGCUUUUACUUUCACAUGCCACAGUUAGUGUUAUGGAGCUCCAGCAAAAAAUAUUCUUAUUUUUCCAAAUCCAUGGGAAUGCAUGAGUAUAAGAGGUCGCCUCAAGACUAUUGGUCAAAUUAAGUUUUUUUUAUUUUUAUUUAUAUUUAUUGAUUCUUUUCAGUGACAUCUAAAAUGACCUACGUGCUUUGAGUCUUACAAUUGCACCUUAAUCAUGCCAGUCCAUUGGUGGAAAAACAGCAACAACAGAAAAAGCAGGCAGUGUAAUAUCUGAUUUUAGCACCUUACUACACAGCAUGUCUUCACUUUAUGCCAGUUUAGCAAUUCUUCCAUAUGUAUGAUUUCGAAUCUAAAUCUCGUUUUUCACAAUUAAAUUUUUUUAAGGGAUGUGCCAAAGUUUGGAGGCGAUCUCUCGAGUUGUUAUGGUUGUCAUAUUCUUUUCCUCCUCUAUCAGUUAUAGCAAUGGUAUGUCAAAAUUUUCCUAUAACAGUGUGUGGAAUCAAUUUAUCUCAGCAAACAGUAUCAUUACUUGCCAUUUUACAAUAAGCCCUGUAUUUCACAUAUAUUUACCAGUGAUGUGUAUUUGUUAUUAUAAAGAAAAUAGCCGUAAAAGCUUCAUUAUGUUACAUAAUAUUGUGACUUUUUUCGAAAAACUGUGAAGACUUAUCUUGCAUAUACUUUAUAAAGAAGUAUUAAGCCUUAAUACAAAAGACUAAAAAAAGUGUGGAAGAAUAAACUGAUUGUUGCUAAGUAAGGAUGAUUUUUGUAAAUGUUACCAGCACUUUUUUUGUAAUUUUCACUCUCUGAGGUAUUGUACAAGUUCAAGCUGUUUGUGAAGUUUGAUUAUGAAGGAAUAAAAACUAGUACUUUCCUGUA